AUGGAGUCGUAUAGAGGUAGCAGAUCUGUUUCCCGCAUCCCUUCCUCUCCUCCUGCCUCCGAGGAGGACGAGCUCUUCCACCAAGUCUUUGACUGGAACUCCUACUACCAGGAUACCCAAGACAUUGGCACCUUUCCCUCUGCAUCCUCCGUCAACCAGUCCAACUGGCAGCUGCCCGAAGACUACUACCAAUUGUCCAAGGAGUUUGCCGGUGCCGAGUCGUACCCCAUUGAUGCCUUUUCCCUCGAGGCCCUGCAAUCCGACUUUUACAGGAUGAAUGCCUCGUUUCGCUCCGACGAGGACGAUGAGGCCCCGUCCCCGCCGUCCGACUACACCACUAGCCACUCCCCACCCGAGCUAGUUGCCGCCGGCAGCACCUCGCCCUCGGAGCAUUCUGGCUCGUCCUCGUCGGUCCUCGAUGCGGUCCACGAUGCUCACUAUGCCAGAAUCGCCCUCAGCGAGGCCAAGUCGCGAGAUGACGAGUGGACCUAUCCUCAAGGCGAGCUUUCCCCCAAGCAGCUGCCUGUUGGGUACCCAAGCCACGUCCAGUUGCAUGAUGCAAGGUCGCCAGAGACUGCUGCCGCGGCCAGCCUCAAGCGUCGUCGUUCUAGUAAUGAGGUCGAGAAGAGGCACCGCCAGCUUCAGGAUCCCAUGCAGACCGCAGACGUCCGCAAGUCUGGUGCAUGCGUACCCUGCCGUGUCUCCAAGAUUCGUUGUCAUGAAAGUGGUGUGUGUCCCACGUGCCGGAAGGCCUUCCCCGAGCACUCCCACCUCGUAUGCAACCGUGUCACUCCCGGUAUGACAUGGCCCGUGAUUGGAAGAAUCCCAGACAUCUGGUCCGAAGAUGCUGCCGAGGAAGAGAUGAUGUGUCACGGCCCGCGCUUUCACACUGGCAACCCCAAGAAAAUCCUCCUCUACCUGACCAAGGACUCUUCUUCCGCCCCCCUUCGGGUCACCGUGCAGGCAUACCGUCCUCAAGAAGAUGCCAAUGAAAGUGGAGGCCUCCGUAUGGCCGACUUUCCCCGCGAUGAGGUCCCGAGCCACGGGCAACUGCAGGGGUGGGUCGAAGAAGAGAUCAAGCGCGAGCACACCACCAAAUUUCGUUAUGCUCUCCAAAGCUUCAUGCUUGCCUACCAUCAAGAUGGCGAAGGUCUCCCAAGACAUCGCCUCGUGAGCAAUGUGCACAAGCUCAACUGCUUCUUCCGCAUCUGGAAGACUGAUGCAUUUUGGUGCCGUGACCCGACCAACAAGUUUGUCAGCCUGCCCCUCUCCGUGCAGGCGCGCUUGAGAAACAUUGCCCGACAGGGCGCACGCUUCAUCGAGCACGACAUCCUCAAGGAGUUGGAUGAGAUCCUCGCUCAGCAAGGCUCCACCAAGCCCGACGAGCGUCUCGCCAUCUGGGCGAGCUUGUGGCAGCUUAUUCUCAUCUACCGUGAGACGCUGGCCACCUUUAAGAAGCACAUGAGCAGAAUUGCCAAAAGCUCCACUGAAUUUGACCCCAUCGCUGCUGAGCAUGGUCGAUUGUACCGAUGGAUGGCAGACAUGGUCUUCCCUCUGAUGACCACCUUCUACCACUAUCAGUUCCGCACCAAGAAGAGCCUGGAGGUCUCUCUCGACUGGCUUUCCUCUUCCAAGUAUCCCAGCAAGGCGUGCAAGAGCAAGGUUCUUCAAAUGACAGCCAAGCAUCUCUUUGAGUCUCGCAAGGACUUUUACUCUCGGGUCCAGGGCUCUUCCAACGAGAUUGACAAGUUGCUGGCUGCUCUCGUUGUCAACCAUGAGCUCAAGAAGCUCAAUGCUCGUCGGCGGAAUCCCAAGUCCAGCUCCAGCAAGUCCAAGGGCUCACGACAUGACGAUUGUGAUGAUGACGACGAGUAG